UAUACGCCUAAAUACAAAAAUCCUUUGUAGAUAAUGGCUAAAGGAUUUUUUAAGAGUACCGUGAAGAUCAGCUCCUGUAGCUAAAGUUUAAUUUGUCUCUGACAGUUAUUCGUGCUCAUUCAAACCACCAUUUUACUGAACAUGGAUAGUGAGGAGGUAUCGGACUUUGACUCAGCACCAGGGCCGGACAUGGGGAUAAGUCGGCAGAACGCGCCGGUUUAUUGUGUUUGCCGCAAACCAGACAUCAACUGCUUCAUGAUUGGCUGUGAAAACUGUAAUGAGUGGUUUCAUGGAGACUGCAUUAAUAUAUCAGAGAAGAUGGCUAAAUCAAUAAGGGAGUGGUACUGUGAGAAAUGUCGCAGUAAAGACGAAUCUUUAGAGAUCAAGUACCGACCCAAGAAAACACGUGAAAAAGAGGAAAUUGAACGGAUGGAGAAACAGCGUGACCACGCGACACCAGAUUUCAAGAUCGAUCGUCGCCGUGGAUCAAGGGUAAAGCGUUCGGCCCGUAUGUGUGGGGAAUGUGAGCCGUGCAGACGCACAGAAGACUGCGCUCAGUGCGACUUCUGCAAAGACAUGAAAAAGUUCGGCGGACCCAACAAGAUCAGACAGAAGUGCAGGCUCAGACAGUGUGAAGUCCGCGCGAGGAAAAUGUUGCGGGUGAAGGAUGAGGAAUAUUCCAUGACGAGGGGUCGAAGGGAACACCACUCACGAGACACCCCUCUGUCUGACGAGUACAGCGAGAACGAACUGGAGCUUUACCAGCAGUAUCGGAGAGGUGCUUACGAAGAAAACAUGGGAUGGAAUAGUGACGAAGAGGAUGGACCUUUCCUUGAUCCAGCCUCACGUAAAAGAGCUGUUAAAGUCAAGCACGUGAAGAGGAGGGAAAAAAGAUCGGAGAAGAAGAAAGAGGAGAGUAAAGUCCGAAGGCACAAGCAGAAACAGAAGCACCGGGACAAAGUGAGGCACAGCGAAAGGGGAGAGACGCGGGACAGCAGUGGGGUGCAGCAGUGCCUGGGGCCUGGCUGUGUGGAGCCGGCACGCGCCAACUCCAAAUACUGCUCCGAUGACUGCGGCAUGAAACUCGCAGCCAACCGAAUCUAUGAGAUUCUACCUCAGCGCAUCCAGCAGUGGCAGCAGAGCCCUUGCAUUGCCGAGGAGCAGGGCAAGAAGCUUCUGGAACGAAUCCGUCGAGAGCAACAGUCUGCCCGCAUGCGCCUCACCGAAAUGGAGCGUCGUUUCCACGAGUUAGAAGGCAUCAUUGCCAAAGCCAAGCAACAGGUGGUGCAGCAGGAUGAAGAGGUGAAUGAGGGUGAUGGUGACGACACCGACCUCCAGAUUUUCUGUGUGUCUUGCAGUCACCCCAUUAAUCCAAAAGUGGCGCUCCGUCACAUGGAGAGAUGUUAUGCAAAGUAUGAGAGUCAGACAUCAUUUGGUUCCAUGUAUCCUACGCGUAUAGAAGGUGCAACAAGACUCUUCUGUGAUGUGUAUAAUCCCCAAAGCAAAACAUACUGUAAGAGACUUCAGGUCCUCUGCCCAGAACACUCCAGGGACCCAAAGGUGCCCGCGGACGAGGUGUGUGGGUGUCCGCUCGUGCGUGACGUGUUCGAGCCGACCGGAGAGUACUGCAGGGUGUCCAAGCGCAAAUGUAAUAAGCACUACUGCUGGGAGAAGCUGCGAAGGGCUGAGGUGGAUCUGGAGAGAGUUAGAGUGUGGUAUAAGCUGGAUGAGCUGUUUGAACAGGAACGUAAUGUGAGAGCAGCCAUGACCAACCGUGCUGGUCUUCUGGCCCUUAUGUUGCACCAAACCAUCCAACAUGACCCCAUCACCACAGACCUGCGGACCACCAAGGACAGAUAGUCACACAGAAACAAAAAACCCCUAUGAGCUCCCAUUGAAAUGAGGAAAUCCUUUUGGAGGCCUCCUAGAAGCACAGCUCCAUUUAGUUGUUACCUAAUUUUUAACUGUCAGCAAUUGUAUAUCAUCUCUCUGUAUUACUUCAUAUCCUUGUAGGUGUGCA